AUGUUCGGCUUGCGAACCGCGACGUUGGUGGCGGCAAUCUUGCUGGCAUUGCCGCUGGUAGUUCUCUCUGCUCCAUUUGAACCCACUGUACAUAAUUUGGAGCGCCGAGUUAACGCGAAUUCCAACACUUCCAACCAACCAAACGAUCCUGGCAUUUUUCCCGGUGGAAAAGAGUCAUUCAAGUCCCAAGGAUGGCGUGUAUUACCCCCCUUGCAAGGUGCCAAGAUCGACAACACGACCUUCACUGUUGAUGAUCAAGGGUCGGCAAUUACUACUUACAUUGAUGAAAACUAUGACCCUCAGAAGAUUAAACGCGUGGUCAUUCAAAUCCAUGGACAAUAUCGUGAUGCUUGGAAUCAGUGGAUGUACCUUAAUCUCUCCCGAAGUGAUGCAGCAAGUUCAGGUGGCUUUUCGCCUGACGAAGUGCUUGCUGUGGCACCUAUGUUUUUUGCCCUUGUCGAUGUGGGAGCCUACCCAGUUGAUUCUAGGAAUGUAAGCAACACGAAGUCACUUGUCUGGGACAAUAAUGGAUGGGGUGAUAUUAAGGAUGCAAUUUAUCCUGUUUACGACAAGCAGGGAAAGCUUGCGAAUCCAGCGUAUACGGCUGGUCCUAAGAAGUCUAAGUCGAGCAGUAAUAAGAACAAGCGUCGCAUUCAGGGUGUGAGCUCCAAAGAAGCCCAACAGGAUGGACCGAAAGUUUCCUCGCUAGACAUCCUGGACACGUAUUUGAAUUACUUUAGCGACACGAAACGCUUCCCCAACGUGAAUAAGAUUGUCGUCUCUGGAUUCAGUAUGGGUGCACAGACCGUAAACCGCUACGUGGCUUUGCGAACAGAUACUUCGUUGGAUAAGAAGCUGUACUACGUCAUGUCUUCACCGGCGUCUUUCAUGUAUGUUACAGAUGAUCGCCCGGAAAACAUUCCAAGCAACUGUACGGACUUUAAUGAUUACAAAUAUGGGCUAAAGGGGACAAUGCCCGCAUACUUCCAGCGCCAUCUUGAUCAGAAUGAUGUGACUACGAUUCGGAAUCGGUACUUGAAUCGUGCUCAGUUCUAUAUGGUGGGUGUUGAUGACGACGCCAUUACAGACAGUUCUUGUGAAGGUAUGACGCAAGGUGGUGGGCAUUUGAACCGCAUGAACAACUGGGUAAACAAGGCUCUACCUAGUAUACCUGGAAAUCCAACACCAGGAAAGCUUCCUGACACGGUAUUCUUUGGUCGUAUCAAGUAUGUUUCGCAUGAUGCCUUUGGUAUUAUUACCUCGCCGCUGGGCCAGCAGUUCCUAUUCUUGCAAGAGUUUAAUGGUCAGGGUCAGAAUGCCAAGGGUCGCAUUGUGAUGGAACACUCUGGUGAUGGUGGUACUUUUCUUCCUAGCGAUGCUCCGGAUCAGGGUUCUUCGAAUGAAAAUAACCACCGCUCGAGUGCUGUUGCGUCGAGUAUUUCCCGGCCUUCACUGAUGGCACUUGCUUUUACAGCUGUUAUGGUCUACAUUGCCCACUCAAGCUUGUGA